GGGCAGGGUCGCAGGGUAGAGCCGGAGCCCGCCGCCUCCCAGCGCGCGUGGCGCGCACGCGUGCCGAGACGGGAUGCCGGGCCGUUGUCCCGGGGCCGCAGAGCUGCCCGCGUUGGCCAGGACGGAAGGCGGCGACGGGUCGGCUGGACAUUUUUAUCACCAGAAUUCCAAAGGCACUGGGGAGCAGCAUAAAGCAGAUAGAAUCAAAGAGGGACAUAAAAUGUACUCACACAUUGCCAAGCUGCAGGAGUUAUGGAAAACCACUCAGAUGCAAACAAUUCAUAUCCCGAAAUCAAUGGCAGAUUCAUCUUUUCUGAAGCACCCAGAACUCACCUCAGGCCAGAAGCGCUACCUGUGCAGCAUUGCUAAGAUCUGCAACUCCAGCUACAUGAGGACCUUAAUGAAGAGGCAGUACAUGCACAUGCUUCACCACGGCUCACAAAAGCCAGGUGUCCUCGCUCAUCCCAGGAGCCACAUCAGCUCUCGCUACUCACAGAAACAGCAUUCCCCCUGCACUGCGUGGCGACAUCAUCUGGACAGAGGAGACGCUCUGAGCAUUGCAGCUGCAACACCUGAAAUGAUCAUACAUUCCCUUUGGCGGCCACUGAGACACAAAGAAGGGUUAAAAAUUGGCUAUGCGUCGAAACCAAGAUGUAAGUCACUGAAGAGUUUUAGAAGACCAAGCAGACUGCUCUUGCUACCAGAGGAUUCUCAACCAUGCAUGAAUGAAGAAACAAAGGAGGAAGAUCUCCUGAAUAAGUGCAUGCAGUCCAUGUCCAUUCAGGAGCCGGGCACAGCUCACCUCAACCCGACAGGCUCCAUACCAAGUUCAGGCAGCAGCUAACAUCCAGAUGCUGAGCCAGAGGUGGACGGGGAAGAGUUGUGAGCCAUGGAUGGGGUAGUGCUAGUCACCAGUGUGUCAUCUGGGUGUUGAGAAAUUUACAGCAGCCUUCUUCAUCCAGUAUACUUCUGUGUACCAAUGACAGCCAUGUAAUGUGUGCUUGUUUCUAGCUGGGGACAAUUAAAAUUUUACUUGCCAAUAAAAGUGAAUUUUUAAACAUGUA